UGAAUACAAAUAUUUGCGCAGUGCGAGGAAGCUACACGAUAAUACUAUCGAUGUCUCAGAAUAAGUCCUCUCGUACGCUAAUAAUAUUCUGCAAUGAGUUCUUAAAUUAGGCGGCCAUCUUCCUUAGUGGUUCAGUCUAGCGACUAGUUAGUUAAGUGAUCGACAUGAAGUGCUUUGUAUUGAUAACUCUCUUUAUUUCGGCACAUACAAUAUCAGCCACAAUAGACUUAGGACAGCUAAAGGAAAAUGCCGCAUCGAAAAUACAAACACUACAAGAUCAAACAGCCGAGGCUCUUCAAAAAGUCACCGACAAUAUCGACUUUGGAAAACUGAUACAAACAAUAGUCCCAAUAGUGGAACAUCAUCAGAGAAUCUUCCAACAGUACCAGGAUGCAGUGGAAAAUAUUCCAGCUGUCAUACAAUCCCAGGGGGAAAAAUUGAGAGUGUAUUAUCAAAAAUUACAUGGUCUGAAUGGGAAGGAUUUGGUUCGUGCAUUUGAUUUUGGUGUGCCAUGGCCGGCGUUGAGGUGAUUUUUGGUUAGAAGACUAGUUUAUCUCACUGGUUUCAUAUGUUAUACUAACAUAUGAAACAUAGUGAAUUUGCACAGUAAGGAAUCUCUUAUUGGAGAGGUGCUCACUCUUGUACAUUACAUUUACCUUAUUACUAUUAUGUUUUCCUAUGUGUGUGUACAAUAAAGAAUAAAGAAAACAGACCAAACAGCCACGGCUCUUCAAAGAGUCACCGACAAUAUUGACUGAUACAAACAAUAGUCCCAAUAGUGGAACGCCAUCAGAGAAUCUUCCAACAGUACCAGGAUACCGUGGAAAAUAUUCCAGCUAUACAAUCCCAGGGGGGAAAGUUGAGAGUGUAUUAUCAAAAAUUACAUGGGCUGAAUGGGAAAGAUUUGGUUUGAUUUGCGUACCAUGGCUGGCGUUGAGGUGAUUUUUGGUUGUAAGACUAGUUUAUCUCACUGAUCUUUUUAGGGAUAAGCUCGCUCUUGUACCAUUUACCUCAUUACUGUUAUUUUUUUUCUAUUUGUUUGUAUAGUGUUAUUAAUAUUAUAAACGUGAAAGUUUGUGAGUAUGAAUGUUUGUUACUCUUCCACGGAAAAACUACUGACGGAUUUUGUUGAAACUUUAUGUACAAUAAUAUAGCUUAUGCAUCAGAAUAACAUAUAGGCUAUAGUUUUUAUUGAAGUUUAACGCGGGCGAAAUCGCGGGCUCAGCUAUUAAUAUUUUAAACGUGAAUGUUUGUGAGUAUGGAUGGAUGUUUGUUACUCUUUCACGCAUAAUUUACUGACGGAUUUUGUCGAAACUUUACAGUAAUAUAGCUUAUACAUCAGAAUAACAUAUAGGCUAUAAAUUACAUGCGGGUGAAACCGUAUAUUUAGUUGUGUUAUAUACCUUUAAAUGUAAACAGACUGUAUUCUUGCGAUAGA